AUGUCACUGAACGAAUUUGAAAUGAAUAACAAGCCUAGCCAUACCAUAGACAACUUGAGCUUUGCCGAGCGUAGGGCUCUUCAAGAUUUCAAACAGCAAACUGAUCUUAUAAUCAAACCAGCUGACAAAGGUGGCAACAUUGUCCUCAUGAAACGGUCUGAAUAUGUUGAUAUGUGCAUGUGUCAUCUUAAUGACAUCUCCUACUAUAGAAUUCUUUCCUCAGACCCUACAAGUACCUAUGUUAAUGAACUGGAAACUUUAUUGCACGAUGCUCUCAAUCAACAGAUCAUUAACCAGGACGAACUCAUAUUUCUAUUACCCAAUAAAACUCCAACUAUUGCCACCUUUUAUUGUCUUCCGAAAAUACAUAAGGGUACCCGUCCCCCCCCUGGUAGACCUAUAGUAUCUGGCAAUAACUGUCUUACAGAAGCCCUGAGUAAAUUUGUAGAAAAGAUUUUACAUCCUCUAGUACUCAAAUUACCAUCGUACAUUACAGGAUAUGACCGUUCCACCGUAUACUCAGCUAGCAAGCCUUGA